UGGGAUAAAGACCCUCACUUCUUCAAGGACAUUAAGAUCUCUGCUCUGGCUCUGCUUAAGAUGGUGAUGCAUGCAAGAUCUGGGGGCACGCUGGAGGUGAUGGGGCUUCUACUGGGGAAAGUGGAUGCCAACACUAUGCUGGUUAUGGAUAGUUUUGCUCUGCCUGUUGAAGGCACUGAGACGCGUGUGAAUGCACAAGCACAAGCGAACGAGUACAUGACUGCGUACAUCGAGGCUGCCCAAGCAGGUCUGUAUCAUCAUUAACAACUAUGAGUUGUAUUGGCAAGCAUGUCACAGAUGUUCAGUUUGUUAUUGGGUAAUAUUCUGGGAAAUAAUUCUGUUAUAUUUGUCGGUUAGAGGCAAAUUAAUGUCUUAAGGUGAUUUAUUACUCUGUACAUUUUUUUUCCAAAAUUCUUAUUUUUCUCUGUCUGUAUAGCAUUUUUGUUUUUAACUAAAAACUUACUUACUGCACUACAAAAUUGAAGCUUUGUAUGUAAUAAUUAUGUUGUAAGUUACUGGUCUAAUCUCAAGUCAUAAAAAUGUAUUUUUUCAUUGGUACACAUUGUAAGUGUAGCAUUGUAAAUUCAAACAAUACAGCAUACUACAUUUUUCACAAGAAAAUUAGGAUACAUUAUUUUAAUAAAUUUUAAUUAUAAAUGAAAAAUAUUAGAUAAUAAAUAACAGAGUAUGUUAACGUCAUCUAGGCGAUGAUCUACAUCAUACAUGUUUUAAUUUGCUAGUAAAAGAAAUGCUUACUCUGUGCCUAAAUUAUUCAUGCUAAGAUUAUAAUAAUGAUGCAAAAAAUUCAA